AAUCCUCCAAAAAAGCCGUGUUGAUAGUACAUAUACUAUAUAAUUAUUCAAAUAUAUAUUAUUCUUGCCUGAAGGAAGAUCAUUAUAUUUUAUGUCUUUACCGCCUGUUCCACCUCAUCCUAACAGUCCACAAAAGUUUAUCACAUACACUUUGCAUUCAGGACAAUCCAUAAAACAAACGGAUUCACAAUUUAACAAAGAAAAAUGCGCUACAUUUCCAUCUCUUUGUCAAGAACAAUUUUCAGAUCCUUUAUUUAAUUUUAAUAAACAAAAUUUAACAAGACAGACGGAACACCUUAAAAAGGAAGAAAAAAAUAUUAAUACACUUACAAAUAACACUCAAAAAAACAUAGAAAUUUGCUUAUCUGGCUAUUUUUCUGAACCGGAUUCACAAAAAUUACAUGUACCUCAAAAACCUAAUUCCAUUUUAAAUCCAACUGAUUCAAUAUUUAAUAUACAAAAACGCCAAAAAUAUAUUUAUAAUAAAACUAACGGAAUGCUUAGCGAAGAACCUUCAUCUAAACUUGAAAAUGAAACAAACGUAUCCUUUUAUCCGAAUGAUCAUAACAUUUAUCAAUCAAGUUCUAUAGAAAAAAAUACUAUUAUUGAAAAUAAACAGACAAAAAAAUAUAACGAAAAUGAUAACCUCUUCUCUACAGACUCUGUUUCUUCUCAAAAAGGUGCACAUUUUUUGAAUAAUGAUUCCACUGCAACUCAUACAAAUUCACCCGAAAUUAUCAAAAAUUUUAAUUCUUCCCAAAACAUAAAAUCAUCUUCAGGAAAUAUUAUUUCUAGAAAUAUAGGAGACAACUCCUGCUUCAACAGCGAUAUAUCAAAUGUAUUUCAAAAAUCUAAAGAAAAAAAUGAACACAAAGAGUCUCAAAACUUAAAAGCCACAAUAAUAUGCGCUCAAAAUUCCAUAUCAAGUAAUACUGAUUUAGAUAAUGAAAAAAAUAUUUCGAACCAGACAUCUUACGGACAAAGUAAUAUUUCUUCAGGUUUUAGCGGAAAUACUUCUAAAACUGAAAAACUAGAAUUUAUACAAAAUACUAACUCAUCUAUUCCAAAUAUACAAUCAAAAGAAAGAAGUAGCUCAUCUCAAAAUCUAGAAUAUACCUUUAAUGAAGAACAAAAAGCUUUAAAAAGUAAAAAUCUUCAACAAUUAACUAACUCAGACACAAAUGAUAAGCCUAUUCAUUUAUUAAGACCCAUAAAAAAAGAAAUAACAUCUACAGCGCCUCAUUCAUUACAUGCAUCAUUGUCUAAUAUUAGGAACUCAGCUAGUACACGAAUUCAAUUUUCUCAAGAUUUAGAAAAAAAGCUAAAAUCCGGCCCCCCUAAAAUAACAGGUUUCACGCAUUUUCAUAUCAGUAACGAUGAAAAAAAUGAGCUUAAUUCUCCAGUACCUAAAAAUACUAAACUUUUAUCAGAAUCAUCUAUAUUACAUGAUUUACGAAAAACAAGACCCAAAGGACCCUCUAGACGUAAACCUACAACUAUUGCAGCAGAACUCCCAGAAAGACUAGAAUUUUCUAACAUUAUUCAAUUAUUUAAUAUAAAAAAGAAUAUUUUAGAAACCUCUCAAAAAAACAAUAUAUCACUAACUGUUACAUCUGAUGAUGAUUUAUCAGAUAUUUUUUCAAUGACCACUAUUGCUUAUCAGUAUUAG